AUCAAUCGAACAAAGCCAUACGGCGACGAUCAUCCACUCGCCAAGCCAGUACUCAAAGUGCACUCGAACCGACCGGAGAUCGGGUUGUUCAUUGGAAAAGUUUGUGAGCUGACCGACUGAGCUGUGCUGUGGUCAUAACGCGACUCGAUCGGUCCGUCCAUUUCUAUUCGCGUCGUUCUCGUCUCCAUACUCUACAACAUUACUGGAUAAUACGGAUCGGAAAAGUUUUAUCUAAAUCCAUACCGUAGUAAUUAUAUAGUUUGCAAUAGACAAUUCUCAUACACUACACAUUUUAUUCAAAGCUAUUAAAAGUGGUAUCAUGCAGUCGAUCAGUGAAUGAUGGUCGCUGUGUUAGUAAGUGAAUGAGUUUCUAUGCAGCUAUUCAAUAAAUUGUGGGUGACCUAAACGCGAUUUUCGAAACUUCCAUUGAUGGUGCACAAUAACAGCUCACAGCAGUGCAGCAGUAUCACCAGCGGCAGCAGCGAACGUGGUUUUACAGCGUAACUCGAAUCGAUAGCAAAAAAUAUAUAUCGCGAACCAUUCUCCAUCCUCUCACGCACGUGUGCCUGUUGCUUUUGCUAGAGCCUAGUGUACCGACACGAUCGAGAUUCCAAUUAUUCUUAGUGUCAUUUUAAAAGCCAUCAUUUGUGAUAAAUGUGAUAACAGUCACUUGUACGAAAAAAUACUUCACUUAGUGCCUUUUUAAACAAAUAAUGUGAUGAAAAGGUGUGCGCAACAUAAUCGUCUCGAAGUGAUCGUCCAUCAUAAUCAUUAAGGCAUCACGUGCGCGAAGAAUAAGAAUAACGUCAGGAAGCAAAAGCCAGUCAGAAAUUUUUUCGUGAAUGUUAGUUGGGAUGGUGAGACAUUAUGAAGUUACCAUUAGUCAAAUACGGUGAAAAAAUUCCAGCAUUGUCGUCCAAAGUUCCAACGUCAUCGUUGAUCCUCGUGGCUGUGCCAGCAAGAGGCAUACCGCGAUGAAGAAAAUCGGCGAAGAAGUGCCUCACCAUACCAUAAUCAGCAUGCAAAACCGGCGACGCCAGCGAGCAGUCGUGCUGUGAUGAAGUGAAAUUUUUUCAUGUCCGUUGAAAAUAAAUAUUUAAAGCCGUUUGAGGCUUGAUACAGCGCUGUUUUGCAUUAGUAAACCGAGCCGGGGCUCCAGCAAAAAAAAGUUAGAAGAAAUAACACGUACUCGUGACAGCGGCAACGUCACGUUGACGUAGUGGCUGUGUUGAUCGAUAAAUUUAGUGAAGUGCAAUUGUUCGGUUGAAUCGAUCGUAGCGAGGAAUUACAGAAGCGGCAUAUUGUAGUAGCGGCAGAGCAGCACCGAAAUGACCAUUUCAUAUUCUGCUGAGGUACCGAACGGUAGUAAUUUCGGAUGUUUUUGGCGUAUUUUGUGGAAAUGGCGUGGUAGUGUAUACAAAGCGAUAUGGCGUGAAUUACUAGCGUAUCUAUGUGUAUAUUACACAUUGAAUUUAACAUACCGGUAUGGUCUAACAGAAGAAGGUCGGAGGGUAUUCGAACGAAUACGAAACUACUGCGGGCAGCAGCGAGAAAAUGUGCCACUUUCAUUCGUGCUAGGUUUCUACGUUAGUUUAGUGGUGAAAAGAUGGUGGGAGCAGUACCGAUUGCUGCCCUGGCCAGACACGCUUGCCUUAUUCGUUAGUGCCGCCAUUCAGGGUCACGAUGAGACCGGGCGACUGAUGCGACGAAACAUUAUGCGCUACAUGGUUCUUGCAUAUGUAAUUACACUGCAAAAGAUUUCGCUGCGCGUUAAACGACGCUUUCCAACCUGGCAGCACCUGGUGGAUGCCGGUCUGAUGCUGGAGAGCGAACGUAAAAUUUUCGAAAUUAUGGAUUCCAAGAGUCCAAUGUCUAAAUAUUGGAUGCCCCUGGUUUGGGCCACCAAUAUUAUAAACCGUGCCAGAAAGGAAGAACUCAUCCCUUCCGAUCACAUUGUACAGACUUUACUGAUGGAACUAUCCGACAUUCGACGAAGGUUGGGAGGUCUAAUCGGCUACGAUACGGUGUGCGUCCCACUGGUAUAUACUCAGGUGGUCACACUGGUGUUGUAUUCCUACUUCACGGCGGCCAUUAUGGGCAGUCAAAUGAUCCCUACGUAUGACGAAAAGACUCAUACUUACAUGGAACUUGAUGUAUAUUUCCCGCUUUUCACCGCCCUGCAGUUCGUAUUUUACGUCGGUUGGUUGAAAGUUGCAGAAGUACUUAUCAAUCCGUUCGGUGAAGACGACGACGACAUUGAACUGAAUUGGCUAAUCGACAGACAUAUUAAAGCUUCAUAUAUGAUCGUUGAUGAGAUGCAUGACGAACAUCCAGAAUUACUGAAAGACCAGUACUGGGAAGAAGUAGUUCCAAAAGAUCUACCAUACACAGUAGCUUCCGAGCACUACCGACGAGAGGAGCCGAAGGGAUCUGCCGAACACUAUGUCGUCAAGGAGUCUGAAGCAGUUUAUGCCAACAUAGGUGGUGGAAAACGAGCACCAAAUGAAGAAGUUUACGCCGAUUACGAAAGCGUAGAUACUCCAAUGGUUGAACGACGCAAAGGAUGGUUUGGACGACAGAUGACUCGAAUUUCGAUGCGCAGUUCAUCAACAGCAUAUUCAUCCGGUGGCUUGUUUAGCCGCAAUCGACAAAACUCGGUAUAUUCUAGUCCUGAGGCAGGACUAACACAACCAAUAACCGCUGGUGGUCAGCCCCUCCAGAAGCUUAGCUUAUACGAUAAAUUCGUUAACCGGAAAUCUGGUCGCAAUCCACGACAGAUUGUGAAACAAAACUCCAAAAUCAGUCUGAAUGGUUCCUUGAUUUCUAACGUGCCACCGAAGGCACGACCUCGUAUCCCUACGCCCGAUGUUACAAAGGACAGCAAAUCGCACCCUCUUUCUGGUAUUACUACUAACUCAGCACAAUUAGAGAAAACAUCAAACAUUGCAUCCGGUGUAGCACUGAUGGCCACUCAGUUGGCUAACAACCCGUCCAUUUAUCCAGCAUCAACAGCAACCACGCUGAACAAUAACGAUUUACCCGUAGUGGGUACGCUGCUGCUGGCUCCAAUCAAGGAGCUGGAUUCCAGCUCAGGUUCGAAUACUCUACAUUCCGGUCAGUCUGCGACGGCCGCUCUGGCAAAAUCAAUUUUGCCGUCAACCAUCAAAAGUUCUGUGCCCAGUUAUGUCAAAGAUGGCAAAACAUCUUCGAUAGGAAAAGCGGGCACUCGUCCCGCAAACACGGUGAUUAUGCUUCCCACAACCAACACCGUUGCAGCCGAUAGCACAGAUAGCGGCCCUGUGACGGUCGCUACUGUUUCCGAUGCCAUCCCCAUCUCAAUUACCUCGAUACCACUCACGUUUACCGUGACGCCGGUAACCACGGAGCCCGCCAAUACCGGCUCCUUUAUCACCGAGCUGCCAUGUGAUGAUAGCGUCGGAGUCAGCACCAUGACGCUAAAUAAUGAGAAAAAAUCGCCCAAUUCAGAAGCGUCUUCUUCAGCCACUUCUACACUGAGCAAACGGAAACCGAAACACAGUGAAGUCUACGUGUAAGCCUGCGUGAGAACGAAAGGUGGUGUACUUAUUUUGCGAUUAUGCUACUACUUAAGGUGUAUUACGUAGGAUUUUAUUCAAAUUACUGGACUAUUUCGCAGAAUGUGUACACAUUUGAUAGGGCUUUCACAUGUACGUACACAGUGAUAAAACACAAAACCACAGUAUAAACGUGAACAAAAUUUCCACUUGUUCAAACAAAACGGAACUGAUAAAACGAUACAAAAGAGCAUGUUUUUAAAAGGCAGCAUUUCUACUGGAUUCACACUGCAUAGGGUUUUUAAAUUGUGUAAAUAGAAUUAUUUUUACUUAGCAAGUACCCAGAAAGUCGAACGCAAUUUUAUUUUAUUUAGUUAUGCAUAGAAAAAAAAUAUUGAAGCGAUGUUAAAAUUGGUUACCGAUUAUGAUCCGA